AAGCUCAAACGGAAAACCGAUCAUCGUUCGAUUAGGACAGAAUGCCACUUGGUCAAACUCCAUGCUUCAUAAUCAAGUACACUCAUGGCGGCGCCCAUGGUUUCAGGAGUCAUUCAAACGCCGGAAUCAUUUCCUGUGAAGACAAAGCAGGUUGCAGUAGAGAUAAACAAGAUCAGGACAGAGUUGAUUUGUAUGCAGUUCAAGGACAGGGUCUUCUUUAUAGUGACACAAUACAACAAAAUUGGCACACUGGUGAAAGUGACACAGAACAACAUUGCUGAUGAGACUGGUGCCCGUUCUUCCAUGUACAGUACAGAUUUACUCAUGGGAAUAGAUGAACCGUUGACUCAUGUUGUAGCCAGGAAUCUGAUCACAGAAUUAUCCUUACAUAAACCUAUACUGCUCUCAGUCGCUCUGAAAGACUCGUCAGCACCUACUGUGAAAACAAUUGCCAAGAUUCUUCCUUCACUUGUCUAAUCCUUGUAUGGAUAACAAAGACAGGUGUGUCUCUACUGACGAACCAAGUUCUUUUAAAGGAAGUGGAAAAUUAUAGUGCAAGGUCCUAAUAGGACAGAGGAUAGGAAAAAGAGCUGUUUUCAUAUGAUAUGUUGCCUUCUGGCUGCAUAAAGUCCAUGAGCUGUGACACAUCUAGAUAGUAAAACCACCUUCUAAGGGCUUUUCUGUUCUGCUUUUACUUCUUGCAUAGCUCUUGUGGUCCGGCUUUGACAUUUAGUCAGAAAUAUUUUAUUUGAUUAAAAUCUUGCUGAAUAUUGUUAAUAUAUGAAUGGUUUCUUGUUGAGUUAUAAUGAAAUUAUGUCUUUAGAAGUUUUAUGAAAUGUCACAUAGAAUAAUGCAGACUUUGAAGAAAAACAAGUUGUGUUUACUUUAAUACAAGCAGAUUCGGUUAUUUGUGUAUAACUUACCCGCAUCUGUAGAUAUUUCUAUG